UCGGCCGGUUCGGACGUGAGUGGCGUGUCGUUACGCUUUUCAGUUGACAGUUAUUUUUGCGAUAGUAAAUUUUGAGUGCGUUGCAUUUAUGCUCGGCCGCAUCGGCUUAUGCGCGUCAAGCUAAGCCGGGUUCGAUCUUUGUGUGUUUUUGCGCGAGCAUAACUUGGGAUUACUUCUGUGUGUGAUUGUGUGCGUUAUUUGAAUACAAUGGGUAUAUUCUUGAGCGCUGAUGGUGAUUUAUGAGCAAAUUAUGCGUUUUGGCAUAUUUUUUUGCUAGAAGAGAGAGAGUGCGUUACCGUGUUGUGAUCCAUGUCCCAGUAUGGAUUUAUGUCCAAGUUUUCAAUAAAGAAGAAAGAAUCGAGCAUUAAAUUUUGAACAUAAAUACACGCUAUCGUCGCCGACGAAAGGAAGUGAAUCGACUUUAAUAUUCCAAGCUUGUACUAACUUUAGCAUUCGGAGUGUAUAGUGUGAAGAGAACGAAAACAACCCAGAGCAAUGGAAUAGAUAACAGAUAGUCGGAGUCACAUGUGACAUUCCAGUUCAGUCAAAACAUCUGAUUGUCAUUUCGAGUAGUGCUUGUUGCGCUUGAUACCGCUUAUUAACUCUACAACCAGUGUGCUGGGUACCAACCAACUGUAAUAGAAGCCUACCUGGGUUAUUAGCCACACUUGAUUGGCUUAUAACUGUUUUGUGAAAAAGUGCGCCCGGUACUGUUUGGUGGGUGGCUGCUGAUCGAUCUUCUAUGCCUGGGACCAUAUGGACCGUGCUCGGCUUCGUUGAGUGUGCCGAACCAGAAUCGACUGCGGGCAGUUUCACUUGAGAGAGCGCUCAAGAGCCUGGUUUCCCCCCGGGGGCACGUGUAUGGUGGCAAAAGUGAAGUGGCCUAUUACUUAACCAUAAAUUACCCUCACGGAAUUGUAAUUCAAUCGAGAGUGUGUCUAACUUGGGAUAGGAGACCAACCUCCAGAAGCCAUUUAGUUUUGUGCGGUUGAAAUAGUUUUGUGUAACUCUGCAUAACUCGAGAAGACAACCGACAUCUGCCGACGUUCCGUCGAUUAAUUAUUCAAUCGGUAGUGAAUGCUCUAGCGGUUUGAUUUUGUUUUUUAUGUUUUUGCGCUAAAACUUCAUUUAGUAAAUUCUUAAUUGAGCAGCGUCUUCAAACACGCAAAGCAGAGAUAUUGGUAAUCUUCAUCGUGUAACCCUCAAGUUCAAGUCUGAGCUGAGCCGAAAGCUGAGUCGUCAAAAUGGUGCUGUGCGAUAGCGAUUUAGAUGUAACCAACAUCUCGCAAAAGUGGAACAAACUGCGCCGCCGUUGUGCGUCGUUCAAGACAGUCUCGGGUCCGGCGUCGCUAGAUUCGGACACCAACUUCAUCUCUCGGGAGCACCCGGCGGCCCACUACCAGAUCAUAGCGUCCCCGGGACCGGUGCAGGUUCAGCAGACGACGACGACGACGCACCAUCAUCAUCACCAUCACCACCACCACAGCGGAAGUGGGGGAAGUGGUGGCCACAGGCAUCACCACCAUCACCACCACGUGCACGGAUCUUCCGGAGUUCCCCACGAACACCACCACGGCCACUACCUGCCCGAUCCGAACUGGGAGUUGCGACACUCGAGUUCCGGCUCUUCGACCUCGUCCUCGACGAUUGGACCUCCUAUCUACGCCACCGAGGAGUAUCACGAACGGGAUGUGAAGUUGUGGCGACUGGGAGCUCACCAGACGUACGCGCAUCGAAUCCGGGCCACGCCCAACCAGCGCCGCAGUGCCCACAGCAUCGACUGGGAGUACAACGUGCAAAAGUACGAAAACAUGGUCGAUCCAGCACAGGUCCGGCUGUUCCGCCACGAAAAGCUCCAAUACUACGACGAUGUGGCCAUCGUGAAGCAAAAGAAGAACUCGCUGGGAGCCUGCAGCGAGAGUGAAAGUGGAAUCAAGGUCGCCAAAGAGAUCAAACUUCCUAGUCUGAAAAACUUCAAGUCGGCGUCGAUGCGACUGCCCGGACAGAAAACCUCCAUCAACGAAGUUCAGCAACUGCUGCGCAGCAAGUUCAACCGAAUCCACGCUGGACUACGCAAACGUCGAGCCCUCUCCGUUCAGGAGGUCUUCCAAGCCCCCCAAGGCAACACCCCAUCCAAACCUACGUUCUACGUCCCGUCGCCGCUGGUCGGCGAACGACACCCCCACAAUCCGUCCCGUUACGACGAAGAACUCAACGACGACGGCGACGAAGAUGGCCCGCUCAGCCUACCCUUCAUCAACGAGAACCUCCUCCCAACCGACUCAACCACCCCGGUUGUCCACCUCCGCGAUCGCUCACUCUCCCCACGCAAAGAACGCACCAAAACCUGGUACCGCAACAUCGACCUCAGCCUGGCGGCCACGCCCCAACGCAAACCCGACCCGGAACCAGCCCAACCCGACGAACCCAAAGAACCGAAACCAAACUUCGCGAUCGGAGGUCGCGUAUCGCUGCGGGAACGCGUCGAAAACAUGCACCUCAACCGACUGCGCUCCAAAACCAACAGCCAAUCGCCGUCCCCUAGUCCGAAGAAGCCCGCCGAGGCAACACCCCGAAAAAUCCGACCCCGCAGCCACUCCCCCCUCAAAAACCUCAAAAUCAACCUGUCCAGCCUGACGACCAGCACCGACUCGCCCAACUCGACCCCGAAACCAAAGCGCGAAUCGUUUGGCCUGUUUGGCCGGCUCAACCGGAUGAUGCACGGCGCGAGUCCGACGCCGGAAAAGUCACUGACGGCGGCGGCGAGCCCGAGUCCCAAACAGCAGCAAACGGUCAGCUACAGCCACAACGUGAGCAAGCAGUCCACGAUACAAAAGUUGACCAAGUUGAGUGGCAAUGGCCGGCGGGAGUCUACGGGAGUGGAUUCGGGCAUGCCGAGCGCGAAGCAGGAUACGGCGAAGGUGGCGGCGGCGGUGGAUCGUGACCGGAAAUCUAAACAGAUUCCCGACAGCUCACAAAAAUCAUCCGCCUCCACCAACGGAAUCACGAAGCUUUCGUCGGUCACGUUCACCAAGGUGGCCGACCACGCCAGCCAGUCGGCGGCGGCCCUCGAGGACAACGACCCGGAGGACCUGGACCUGGAGCAGGAGAUUGAGGAGAGCAAGUUUUGCACGCUGCCACGAAGCGGCCCGAAUGCGUUCACCAUUCGGCAGGCACGAUUCGUCAAAGGAAACGGCUCGAAAGCGCUCGGAUUUUCGAUCGUCGGUGGCAAGGACUCACCGAAAGGUUCGAUGGGAAUCUACGUGAAAACGAUCUACCCCAACGGACAGGCCGCUGAGAAGGGAUCUCUCCAGGAGGGUGACGAAAUCCUGUCCGUCAACGGGAAAGCCCAAGGACUCUCGCACCAGGAAGCGAUCAACGUGUUCAAGUCGAUCAAAACCGGUGACGUGACCAUUCUGCUGGGUCGACGGAACAAUCGCCGCAAGAUGGAAACGCCAUCGCCCCAGCCCCAAUCCGGAAAGUCACCGCAGGCAAGGGAUUAGAAAAUCCCAAUUUAAAAGUCGAGAACGUACUAGCUUUAGCAAAACGCAGCUUUCGAACACGUGUAAAAAUACUUACGGGAAUGCUAUUUUUACCACCCUUAAAAAUAAGGAUUUCUUAAAAUAUAUACACCCUGCAAUUAUUAACUUGUAAGAGAAAGAGUAUGAAUUCGAUUGGAAAGUGCCAAAUUGUUACACUUUCAGACCCAGGCAGCUGAACAACCACUGAAAAUUUGAAAACUAACCAGCAAUCGACGAAGUGAAACCAAAAUAAUGCAUUGUAAUCCAAAAAUAAAACUGUCCGAACGUUUUGUAAAGAUUUAUUGUGCAAGCUAGUCUUUUUCUAAAAAAUCAUUAAAUUUUCGUGCAAGCUGAACCGAAUCACCAAUUACUACUAAAAAAAAAUCUAUAUAUUUUACUUAGUAACAAUACCAAAGGAUUUGUCAUCAAAUGAGAGCGAACAAAAUGCGAAUGAGCGAAGCAUCAAUCACCAUUCACCUAAUAUUACUAUCUUAUCAGUAUAAUUUUUCGCUAAACUUACUUUGUUUGUUUGUUAUGCGCUGAAAAUGGAGUUUCGAGCUCCCACAUUAUUCAUGCUGUACAUUUAUCAUUUAUUUACCCUCGGAUGGAAUAAAGAUCAUUUAAAAAUUAA